AUGCGGUGUUCAGUAAGGAAAAGGAGAGAUUAUAAGUUCUUAGUUUUGAUUCAUUUAAUUUUCGUCCUUCUGGAAUGCAGUUUUCCGGUGGGCGCAAUUUUGGACCCGAUUGAUUUCUUGGCAUUGCAGUCGAUCCGGAAGAGUUUGGAUGAUUUGCCCGGGUCGAAUUAUUUUGCUUCGUGGGAUUUUACUUCGGAUCCAUGCAAUUUUGCUGGUGUGUUCUGUGAUGGAGAUAAAGUUAUCGCUCUGAAUCUUGGUGAUCCACGGGCCGGGUCUCCGGGCUUAACUGGUCGGAUAGACCCGGCGAUUGGGAAACUGUCUGCUCUUGCAGAGUUUACUAUAGUUCCUGGCCGGAUCAUUGGGUCUCUACCUCAAACUCUGUCUCAGUUGAAGAACCUCAGGUUUCUUGCUGUCAGCAGGAACUUCAUCUCCGGUGAUAUUCCGGCAACUCUGGGCGAGCUCCGGGGACUACAAACGCUUGAUCUUAGCUUUAAUCAAUUUUCAGGUAGCAUUCCGUGGUCUAUCGGAACUCUACCAGCGUUAUCAAACGUCAUUCUUUGUCACAACAAGCUGUCUGGUUCCGUCCCGCCGUUUGUUUCCCGUACCCUAACCCGGCUCGAUCUCAAGCACAAUGAUCUCUCCGGUUCCAUUUCCCCACUGGGACUACCCCCAUCACUCCAAUACCUCUCAUUAUCAUGGAACCGGCUGACAGGGCCAGUGGACCUGCCGCUGACCCGUCUAGACAGGCUGAACUACCUCGACCUCAGCAUGAACCAGUUCACCGGCUGCAUUCCCGGCAAUUUAUUCACGUUCCCAGUCACCAACCUUCAACUACAAAGAAACCAGUUUUCCGGCCCAGUUGAACCAGUCGAUCAGGUGACAAUCCCAACUGUUGAUCUCAGCUUCAACCGGUUGUCAGGUGGGAUUUCUCCGUUAUUCUCUACAGUCCAGAACUUAUAUCUAAACAAUAACCGGUUCACCGGAGAAGUCCCGGGAAGCUUCGUCGACCAGCUAUUAUCCGCCAGUAUACAAAUCCUGUAUUUACAGCACAAUUAUUUGACAGGAAUCGAGAUUAAUCCUGCAGCUGCGAUUCCACUAAGCAGCUCAUUGUGCCUACAGUAUAAUUGUAUGGUGCCGCCUAUACAGACGCCAUGCCCAUUCAAAGCUGGGAAGCAAAAAACAAGGCCUACUGAACAGUGCACACAGUGGAAAGGGUAA